AUGUUUGAUCGAACGGCAUCAUCACGUGAUGCUAAGCGAAAAAGAGCGGCAUCGGAAGAAAACGACUUCAACUCGCUCCUCAACGACUUUCACCACCUCCAUUCAACUACGACCUACCAUCCUCCCCUUUCAUCAGAACCGUCGCUCAAGAUGGCGCUGACACCCGGCACCAUCGCCACCUCGUCCAAACGAGCCCUCACUUCCACCUUGCGAACACUCUCGCUCACCAAUACAGUCCGAUUCGCAUCCACUUCCACCUCCUCUUCCUCCUCCUCCUCGUCAUACCAACAAUCCCGCAUCCCUCGUCUACCGCCCAUCGCACCCCUUCCAGCACGCACCAAACCCACCUCUCCGUCAUACUACACCGGACGUCCCGCGUACAUUGACACGCUCCUGGAACUCGAGGAACUCACACGUCAGACCAAACGCCUGCUCGAACAGUCACACCUGCUACCACCCAACUCGUCCGCACCUACGCUCACCAGUGCACGUCAAAACCUGUGGGCGUCGAUCGGAGACCUCCAGACCAUCCUGGGUACGAACCUCAAAGCUGCACAGUAUCGACAGAUCGUUUCCCGCCUCAGUUUGCUCGCGCGCUAUGCGACACUGGUGAAGCAGUUCGAGUCGAACCCGGCGCUAGCCGGCGGAAGCGAAAUGGUGGACAAAUUCCACACGACCUUGGAACGCUUCAUGAAUGAGAAUGCCAAGAGCCAAAAUCUGUUGGCUGAAAAGGAUUCGGACAGAGCACUGUGGUUGGCUAGCGAGAAGAAGAUCGAUGGCAAAGGAAGAGCCUACUCCAUGGGUCGGAGGAAAGAGUCUUCCGCGCAAGUAUGGAUCGUCCGUACCAAGUCAUCUGUCGGUUCGAUCCUGAUCAACAACCAACCCAUCCAAGAGUACUUCACCCGAACCGCCGAGCGCGAAGCCAUCACCUGGCCGCUCAAACUCUCCUCGACCCUCGGAGCGUACAACGUCUUCGCACUCUGCCGCGGCGGUGGCAAGUCCGGUCAAGCAGGUGCCGUCGCCCACGCUCUCGCCAACGCCAUCGUCGCAGAAACCGGCUCCAGCCUCGGCAUGGAACACGGUCUGCCCGUCAAAAAGUACGUCAGGGACGUGCUCGCAAAGGACGGAGUGCUCAAGAGAGAUCCCAGGAUGGUCGAGAGGAAAAAGACCGGCAUGCUCAAGGCUAGAAAGGCCUUCACCUGGGUCAAGCGUUAA